CACAUGAAAGUAUGCAUGGACAUACCUUCAAGGACCAAUUGCAAUGGCUCAAAAUAUCCAUGCUUUUUGUUCUAUAUAAAGGGUGAGCUCAGCUUGCAACAUUAUUUUCACCCCUCAAAAACCAGUGCCAUAAACAUGUUUAUCCCAAUCUUUUUCAUUUUAUCUUUCCUAUUUUCCUCCACCAACGCAGCCGACUUCUGUGUUGGGGACUUGAAUGGCCCUGUAGGCCCUGCAGGCUAUUCUUGCAAGAAGACAGUCACCGUAAAUGACUUCGUUUACUCCGGCCUCGCUGCCACAGGCAACACUUCGAACCUCAUAAAAGCUGCAGUAACACCAGCCUUUUCGGCUCAAUUCCCGGGUGUUAACGGACUCGGCAUUUCAAUAGCUCGUUUGGAUUUAGCUGUUGGUGGAGUGAUACCUAUGCAUACACACCCUGGGGCUUCUGAAGUCCUUGUUGUUAUUCAAGGCACAAUUUGUGCUGGUUUCAUAUCCUCAGCUAACAAAGUUUACUUCAAAUCUCUGAAUAAAGGAGACAUUAUGGUAUUCCCACAAGGUUUAUUACAUUUCCAAAUCAAUGCAGGCAAAACUCAAUCCUUGGCAUUUGUAUCCUUCAGCAGUCCAGACCCUGGUCUCCAAAUCCUCGACUUUGCCUUGUUUGCAAGUGACUUGCCGACUGACAUUAUUGAAGAAACCACUUUUCUGGAUGCUGCUCAGAUUAAGAAGCUGAAGGGUGUUCUUGGAGGAACUGGUUAAUAUUAUUUGAACUUGUUGAGAGUCCCUUUUUUUUUUCUUUUUUUUUGGUAUGCUUUCACGUUUGCUUGUGUCUUCUUGUCAGUGGUAGUUUGUUUGAAAUUACUAGCAAAAGAGUGAGUCUCUGUUGUGUUUCUUUGUGUUCCUUCUUCAGGUUCUAUUGUGAACCAAAAAUGUAAUAAAAAAGACCAUCCCUUUCUCGAUCUGAAAAGGUUUAAAUAAAUGCAAUUAUGUUGUUUA